UGACAGCCCCUCACGCUCAGGGCUCAGCCGCUCAGGGACUCAGGUUCAUCUCCCCCCUUUCCCCUCUCUCGGACUUUCUCCUCCUCGCUCUUCCUUCCCUGGCGGCGACGGCUGGGCGAGCGGCGGCGCUAUUUGUCCUGUCUUCGCCCCCCUUUGCCGGCGACGAGCGCAUCCUCCAGUGCCAACGAGGUUCAGAUUCACCUUUGAAUUUUCACGAGACAGUGCAUUAACUGGGAGAAAUGUCAGGUGGCAGGCAAUCAUACUGGUGUUACCAAUGCCGACAGCGGGUACGGCCUCGUGGCCGGGAGAUGGUGUGUCCUUACUGUGAUUCCGGGUUUGUGGCUGAAAUGGAUGAUGUUGAUGCACUCAUGAGCCACUUCGUUGGGAUGGAUCCUGAUUUCCAUCGUGACCCAAGGUUUGGGAUCAUGGAGGCGAUCUCCGCUGUGAUGCGGCAUGGUAUGGCUGGGAUGAACAGGGAGGUUGAUGUCAGAGGAAGACCAAACAUCUUUUCAGACCUAGAGAUGGAGUUUGGCUCAGGGCCAUGGUUGCUCUUCCGUGGCCAGCUCCCUGGUCAUCUCACCGAGGAUAAUGGUUUUGAUGUGUUCAUCAAUGGACGGCGCGGUGUUGGCAUGAGGAGGGCAAACAUUGCAGACUACUUCGUUGGGCCUGGAUUAGAUGAUCUCAUUGAGCAAUUGACUCAGAAUGAUCGUCGUGGACCACCCCCUGCCGCACAGUCCUCGAUUGAUGCUAUGCCCACUGUUAAGAUCACUCAGAGGCAUCUCAGUGGAGACUCACACUGCCCUGUCUGUAAGGAGAAGUUCGAGCUGGGAUCAGAUGCAAGAGAGAUGCCAUGCAAUCAUUUGUACCACUCCGAUUGCAUAGUUCCUUGGCUAGAGCAGCAUAAUUCCUGCCCUGUUUGCCGUUAUGAGCUUCCAACACAGGGUUCUACUACUGGCGCUAGCUGCUCGCGCACAAGAUCAACAAACCAAAGCCAGAGCUCAAGUAGUUCAAGCAGCAGUGGGAGAACCAAUGGGCGUCAAAGGAGAAGGAACCCGUUCUCAUUCCUAUGGCCUUUCCGCUCAUCAAGUUCUCGCUAGAUUAGUCUGGUAAUCUCGCUUGAGUUCACUAUACUGCUUUAGUCAAUACGCUGGCCUAAUGAGCUUUAAUGUGUGGGAUCUUAGUACUCAAUCAGUACUGUAUGGCUUGUUAUGAUCGCCACAUAAUGUUUCUCCUUGCAAGUAUAUUAUUUUGCAUAGCUACUCGGUUUUGUUUA